AGUGAAGUACAUUCACUGUGAAUAUGAUUCGUGAAAAAUAAAAAUUAGGUGUAGGUACCUAUAAAAUAUAAAUGGUUUCAGAACGUCGACGUACCGGAGUUUGACACAUGUUAGUGCUGAGAUUUUUUUGGAUGUAUUUUCUUUUCUUUCGUUGUUCUAGCGUGUUAUCAAAAAAGAUAACGAUUAUGUUGGGUUAUAAUUCUACCAUGAACAGGUGGUGAAGUCGUGUCAGUGAGUUUGAGCGGUGCAGUGGCGAACUACCGAUAGAAAUGCUUCCAACGUAAAUGAUACCGCGUUGUUUUUAUUAAUUUUGCCAAAAAAGGGCGCACAAUUAUUAUAAACGUUAUGUAACAUUAUUUUCGUUGUGUGUUAUUAUAUUUUGCUGAAGAUGAGGACGGUGGCGUUAAUCAGUGGCGGCAAAGACAGCUGCUACAAUAUGAUGCAGUGUGUAGGCGCCGGCCACACGAUUGUGGCCCUGGCGAAUCUCCAACCUCUACAUAAAGAUGAACUGGAUAGUUACAUGUACCAGACUGUGGGCCACCAAGGCAUAGAGUUGUAUGCUGAGGCGAUGGGACUCCCACUCUACAGAGAGGCAAUAUCUGGCACCGCUGUGGAGCAGGGCAAGAACUACAAUCCCACUGAGAAUGAUGAGGUUGAGGACUUGUACAGGCUUCUGGCUAAAGUUAAGGAUGAAAUGGAUAUAGAGGCUGUUGCUGUUGGUGCCAUCCUAUCUGAUUACCAAAGAGUUAGGGUAGAAAAUGUAUGUCGUCGUUUAGGUCUAGUUUCGCUCGCGUAUCUCUGGAGGCGCAAUCAAAAGGAAUUGUUGCAGGAAAUGAUAGCGGGCGGAAUUGAAGCAAUCAUAAUAAAAGUGGCAGCUCUCGGUUUGGACCCGAGGAUUCAUUUAGGUAUGACAUUACGCGACAUACAGCCCCAUUUACUAGUCAUGCAGGAGAAAUACGGACUCAACGUGUGCGGGGAAGGUGGGGAAUAUGAGACCUUCACGCUCGACUGUCCUUUGUUUAAGAAAAAAUUAGUCAUAGAUGAUAAGGAAACGGUGAUGCACACAGACGAUCCAGUCGCACCGGUUGGUUAUCUAAACCUGAAGCUACAUCUCGAAGCAAAAGACAAUUACGACGAGCCAAUCAAACUACCUCCAGCUGUAAAGAAUUCAUUAGAUUAUAUAAACGAUUUAAGCGAUUCAGUGUUUAGCGAUAUAAGCGAUAUAGAACUGAGCGAGACAGAGAUAGAGUCUAUUGAGAAGUUGGAAAAAGAGGAGAAAAAGAAACAAAACGAAUUGAAUCCAUUGCUCACGUAUUCUGAUGAUAAAGAGACUAAGUUAAACGUAAUCGAAUGCCAAAACGAUAGUAUAGAGAGUGUUGAAAACGGUUUUGUAUACGAACAUGCAAACAAUGAGAGUGAUAGGCAUCCUGUGGUGGACCACAGGUCGAUAUGUGGCAACAAGCGGGGAUGGUACUUCAUAGGGGGGAUUGUCGGCGAAGGAGUGGAUACUAGAGUUGCCACUGAGGACGCUAUGAAUAAAUUAAUUAAUUUGCUCGAGUCCCAAAACCUUCACUUGACCCACGUGUGCUCCGUUAACAUUUACAUGCGAGAUAUGGAAGAGUAUGCGGCUUUGAAUGAAGUCUACGUGAAUACCUUCUGUUACCCGAACCCGCCGACGCGCGUUUGCGUUCAAUGCCCUCUGUCGUCCGAUGUUGGACUUAUUAUGGAUGCUGUCGCCUACAAGCCAAAUAUAAAUAGCAAUGAGACUGAAGGUAGCCCCAAGGAGAGAGUGACGAUGCACGUCCAAGGGAUAUCGCAUUGGGCCCCAGCUAAUAUAGGACCUUAUAGUCAAGCCAUAAAGGUGGGCGAGGUGAUCGGCACGUGCGGGCAGAUCGCGCUGGUGCCGGGCAGCAUGCGGCUGGCGGAGGGCGGCGCGCGGCGCCAGUGCGCGCUGGCGCUGCGCCACCUCACGCGCGUCAUCCGCGCCGUGCACCCGCGCGCGCACGUGCGCAGCGUCGUGCAGACGGUGUGCUACACGACGGAGGGCGGCGCGGUGGGCGAGGCGCGGCGCCAGCUGGAGCGGCGCACGGCCGGCGCCAUCGCGCAGUACGCCGUGGUGCAGGCGCUGCCGCGCCGCGCCGCCGUGGAGUGGCACGCCUGGGCGCACGCCGACAACAACAGAUUCGACUAUGAAGAAACCGGUUGUAACAUAGGAGAUUACAAAGUGGCAAUUACCAGGAGAUGGAAUUAUGAAAAUACUGUUGCUGCUUUUGUUUGUUAUGUAGCCACUGGAUCAUCUCCUUCCACAUGCCAGCUAUCGUUCCCUAACGAGGAGGCGUGUCACUCGCACCGCACGCUCGCGUCGCAGAUGAAGGUGGAGCAAGUGGAAGAGGUGCUCGAGUAUGCAUUAAGGAAAUUGCUCAGCGACUGCAAAGAGACGGACCCCCCACCCGCAGUCAAAAUGAGGAUAUUCUAUCAGGUGUGGAGCGCGCCGGGCGCGGCGGCGGUGGUGCGCGGCGCGGCGCGGGCGGCGGCGCGCGCGCGCGUGCGGGCGGCGCUGACGCUGGUGCCGGUGCUCGCGCUGCACAACGCCUUCACCUUCCUCUCCAUCGGCGGCCUGCGCCUCGACGAGUGACCGCCCCCGCGCCGAGCGACAGGUUUCAUCGGAUCAUAAAAUGCAGAUGCUUUAUUGCCAGUUUAUAAAAUAUAUUUUACUGGAUAUUUUCAAAGUUUAUAUAAUUAUGUUAAUUUUAUUACGCUACGAAGUUUACCAUAAUAUAAGUCAAAUUAUAUAUAUUAUUUUUAUUGCA